UAUAGUGUGCGCCGGUGACUGGUAACCCGCCGUCUUUAUGCUGCUCCCUCAGACGUAUAAAAGAGAACCUAAGAUGACAGGACGUUGAAUGUAUCGGGAAGAUGCUCGUCACUCUGCUCCUGGUGUUGUCUGCAGUCGGUGAAGCUGUAACUGACCUUUAUGUUACUGAGACAUCGGCUCGCACUGAGCGUGCUCUUGCCGUUGCGCCGGUGCCAUCCCCCACCUCUCCUCACCGUCUUUCCGAAGAACGUAGUGAUGCUGGGAUAGCUUUAGCCAGGUCUGCCGACUCGUAUGAGCCAACCGCGACCACUGAAAGCAGCGCAUCGUCUCACCACGGAGGAGGAUACAAAAUUGUUCAGUGGGAAUGGAGCUACGUCCAGACACCUUACAUCAUCGCCAUAUGGAUACUGGUGGCCAGUGUCGCAAAAAUACUGUUCCACUUCUCCCAGCGGGUCACAACUGUGGUUCCGGAGAGCUGCUUGCUCAUCCUGCUUGGUCUGGUCCUGGGUGGCAUUGUCCUCAUUGCCAACAAGAAGCAGCUGUACCUGCUGGACCCCGGCCUUUUUUUCCUCUUCCUGCUGCCCACCAUCGUCGGGGAUGCCGGCUACUUCAUGCCCAGCAGGCUGUUCUUCGACAACCUGGGUGCCAUCCUGCUAUACGCUGUGGUGGGCACCUUGUGGAAUGCCUUCUGUACCGGGCUCAGCCUGUAUGGAGUGAAGCUGGCUGGGGUGAUAGAUGAAAGGGUGAAGGGAGGAAUGAUGGAGUUCCUGCUGUUUGGAGCUCUGAUUUCGGCGGUGGAUCCGGUGGCUGUGCUUGCCGUGUUUGAGGAGGUCCAUGUCAACGAGACGCUCUUCAUCAUCGUGUUUGGCGAGUCAUUGCUCAACGACGCUGUCACAGUAGUUUUGUACAAGGUAUUCAUCUCAUUUGUGGAGGUGGGACCAGGGAAUAUUCAAACAGCAGAUUAUUUUAAAGGAGUUGCCUCCUUCUUCAUAGUCAGCAUUGGGGGGACGCUGGUGGGCCUGAUCUUUGCCCUCAUCCUCGCCUUUGUCACACGAUUCACCAAAAGGGUGCGCAUCAUCGAGCCUCUCUUUGUGUUUCUGCUGGUGUACCUGGCCUACCUGACAGCCGAGCUCCUGUCCCUGUCUUCUAUCCUGUCCAUGACCUUCUGUGGCAUAGGAUGUAACAAAUACGUGGAGGCCAACAUUUCUCAGAAGUCUCGCACCACGGUGAAGUACACCAUGAAGACUCUUGCCAGCAUUGCAGAGACCAUCAUCUUCAUCUUCUUGGGUAUUUCUGCUGUGGACAAGUCCAAGUGGUCCUGGGACACAGGCCUAGUAUGCUGUACCCUCAUCUUCAUUUUUGUCUUCAGAGCUGUUGGUGUUGUCAUGCAGACCUGGGUGUUGAAUUGGUUCAGACUAGUCCCGCUAGACAAGAUUGACCAGGUGGUGAUGUCGUAUGGUGGUCUCAGGGGAGCAGUUGCAUUUGCACUGGUAGUGCUGCUUGAUGAAAGAAAGGUGAAGGCAAAGGAUUACUUUGUGGCGACCACAAUUGUCGUUGUUUUCUUCACAGUUAUGUUCCAGGGCCUGACCAUCAAGCCUUUAGUGAAAUGGCUGAAGGUGCCACGCAGCACAAGUCGCAAGCCUACCAUCAACGAGGAGAUCCACGAGAGGGCCUUUGACCAUAUUCUGGCUGCAGUUGAGGACAUUGCUGGGCUGAAUGGCUACCACCAUUGGAGAGACAAAUGGGAGCAGUUUGACAAGAACUAUCUUAGCAAACUGCUGAUGCGGAAGUCUGUGUAUCACAAGGGUGAACUGUGGGAGGUGUACCAGAAGAUCAAUAUCAGAGAUGCAAUCAGCCUCAUUGAUCAGGGGGGUAAUGUGCUGUCCUCUGCCAGGCUGUCUCUGCCCUCCAUGGCCAGCAGGACAUCCUUCUCUGAGGUUACCAAUGUCACCAACUACUUGCGGGGGAACGAGAGUGGAGUGUGUUUGGACCUGCAGGUGAUUGACAUGGUUCCCAGUGGAAAAGUUCAAGAAGAGACAGAGACACAUCAUCUUCUGUCAGUGAACCUGUACAAGCCGCGACGGAGGUACCAGGCACACUAUAGCCGUCACUUCAUGACUGUGGGCGACAAGGAGAGACAGGACAUGGAGGUUUUCCAGAGAAACAUGCGCAGCCGUCUCGAGUCCUUUAAGUCCACCCGCCACAAAGGAAAGGGUCGCCACAAGAAGGACCGCAGCCAGAAAAAGCGUAAAGGCUCAGAUGCAAAAGAGCAUGAUGUCAAUGGAAAGCCGAGAAGGAAUGUCAGCUGGCAGGACACUGUUCCAGUGGUCCUGACUGUAGAUUCUGAUGAAGAGAAGAGUGAUAACUCAGAUCCAGAGAAGGAGGAGGAUGUGGGAAUCACUUUUGUUGCUCGUAAAGCUGAGGAAAUCGCAAAAGAGCCACCACAAUCAGCUUCGCUGGAGGUAUGUCAGAGCCCAUCCGUCAUGCCCCCAUCUCCAACCUGUGCAGAAAAACACCUACCCUGGAAAGGGGACGGGGGUACCCUCCCUGUCUGUGUCUCCAUGGAGACCACCAAAAUCAUCCCCAUCGACCUACAGCAGGCCUGGAACCAGAGCAUCUCCUCUCUGGAGAGCCUGGCCUCUCCCCCUGUGCCGGCGGAACCACAGCACCCGCGGGUGGUGGCCCUCUGCAGGCAGGAAGGAGUCCGACCAGGUGGAGGAGGCCCCCCCCAGAGUGCCCGUUUCCAGUUCCCUGGUGAGGAGGAGGAGGACACCCAGUCCCUACAGCAGCAAGAGAUGCAGCCGCUAAUGUCCUGUGGGAAACCCCAACCACAACCUCCCCCUCCCACUCAGGGCGCAGGGAGGAGACCCCCUUCCUUUAACAGAAACCCCUGUGGUUAUCUGAGGAGCCUUGUGGCAGCACCUCCUCCUGGCAGUGAGCCACGCAGCAGAGGACCUACACAGCUGUAGUUACUGAAGCUACACAUUAAGACCCUGUCUUCACCACUCUUGGAUUUUACAUAUGUCUCAUGGCCAAAAAUACGUAAAUAUUAUGAGAUAGAGGAAGAUUUAUAUCAAAAAUUUUAUUGUUUAUUUAGAAUGAGAAUAUUAGUGGCCAUAAAGUUGUCCAAACGUCUGAUAAAUUACAUUAUUCCUACAACUGUGCUUACAUUUGCAAGCCUAUUGUAGGGUAGCCUAGAAUCUGGG